GAGGACAAUGACAAUUCGAUCACUAGCACAUCGGAUUUUCCCCUCUAUACCCUGACGAUCUUAUCACAUACGUAUAUACUUCCACAGAAGCUCCUGCGAAACAUGGAAAGACUUGAUGAUGCCAGCAGCUCUUCCAACUUUGACCUUCUAGCAUCCCUCAGUUCACUAUCCAAAGACACUGAGAAGUGUUCAUAUCUUGAGAAGGGUCAACGGUACCGAGAGAUCUCCCUAGAACUACUCUAUCAAUGUCAGAGAUAUUCCAGCCAGUCUCAACUGAAUGUUGGAGAGGACCUCCACAGAAUCGAGAUUCUUAUUUCAAGACUAAAUAUCAUGGCGCUCCAACUUGAACAACAAAGAAAGUCGUUUGUAUGGCAUCCGAGGAAAUUAAUGAGGAUGUAUCGCACACGUCGUGAAUUUGCCGCACAAAGCCUUGAGGUGCUGAAGUUCACGAAAAAUACUUCAGAUGAUAUUCUGAGGAGGAGAAUAUACAGCGUAGAAAAUCGUGAGGCAAUUAUCAAUUCUACAGCAAGCUACUUCACGGCUGUAGACAGUAUUAUUCAAGGCGACGUAACGAGUGAAGAUGAGGCUAACGACGAUGGGCCUGAUGCGGAAUUUAAUCAAAACGAUCAGCAGGUCCUAACACAAGUGCAAGGUUUCCAUCAGGCUCUUCAGUCGAUACCCGUCGAUCAGCUUAAAGCAUCGACCGUAAUUAUAAAUCAAGAUGUCUUCAUCCAAAGUGUUGUAAACCAAGGAUCCAGUACAAAUUCCUCAGUUAUUGUGGGUGGAUCACACAACAGGGGUGGAGGCAAUCAAUAUAAUAAUACAUCCUCUUCCCAACCAUU